AUGGACACCGAACGCGGACGCUACACGUACCUCGGUACUCCCAAGACGACGUUUCUGAUGCAUUCUUUACGGACCAACACCCGAGUCAUCAUCACCGCCACACUGGCCUCGACGCUCCUUUUGUCUGCGCUCUUGUACGCGUCCGACGUUCCAAGCGCUGCUCUCCAGUUUGUCGCACCUAGUUACUACUCCUCCCUCCCAAGGGCUCGUGGCCGACACAAUGUUCUCCCGACCAGUUCUCAGACGGGGCCUGGGAGCUCAAGGCGCCUGAAUCUCUAUACGCCCACGCCAGAGGUUGCUCGGGACCCUCUUGCCCCUCUUGGAUUUGCUGGCUGUGCCUCUGGGCGAGAACGGACAUGGCAUUUGGGUAUGAGCGAAGAUGGAACGCCGGACCACAACCACAACGAUCUAUGGGAGUAUGUCGUUCGCGGCGCCAGCUACGACUGGGUACCGCGUUCCCAGUCGUGUCGCAUCUACAACGAAAAGGUCGAAGCCGAGGACUUUGCCACCAUGUUAAUCGAACGGGGUGGAUGGUUCUUUGUAGGCGACUCGGUUACGGAGCAACACUUUUUCUCCAUGUCGUGCAUGCUUUAUCCUCAUGUGCGUGCUACCCCCGAUUAUGCUCCUACGGGCGGAAGCGGCCCUCGAGACUGGCCUCAGCAUCUAUACCUCAACCCUUCGUCCCCGCUCCUUACGCAACUCAGCUCCCGCAUGGGUUCGACAUUGACCGUACACCGCUCCAUCCGAAUCAUACAACCUCUCGCCCAAAACCUACCUCGACCAAUUCAUGCUGCCGCUCCCGAAGGAAACUACAAGACUCUCAUCGUCAGCACCGCCGGACACUGGACCACAGGGUCUCUCCCCGGCGCACGGGACCCUGAAGACGUCCAGGCGGGAGCGACCAACCCGGGCGUGUACAAGACGUUUGUCGAGGCCGUCCGGGUCUGGACGGACCAGGUCUCUCGCGCGCUCUCGGCCGACACGAGGGCCCGGGAAGUCUUGGUUCGGGCGUAUCUCCCCGGGCACGAGUAUGAUUGCCAUAAAGAGUCGGGGCCGUUGACCCAAGUCAGGGAGUUUUCGCAAGAGUGGUAUAAUUGGAGUUGGAUCGGACGGAUGAACGAGGCGUUCAAGGCGGCUAUUGCGCAAAAGGGGGAUUCGCAGAUCAAGUUUUUGGGUUUGGACAAGAUGGCGCUUCUUCGUCCUGAUGCACACUCGCUAUCAGAUUGCCUGCAUAUCCAAAUCGGCGCUGGGAUAUUCGAGGGCUGGUCGCGUUACAUUUGGCACUUGGGAGACGACAUGACCAAGCUCGGCAGGACCAGGCUUGGUCAGGUUCGUCUCUAG